AUGGAGAGGGUGCGAUUGGACAGAAAGAGCAGUAAUGACAGCAAUCAUAGUCUGGGAGGAGAAUCUACUAGCAGAAGUGGAGGAUCAGGUAUUGGUGUUGCCCCCACUAGUGGCAAUAAUGGUACUGUGAAAAGAGCUAGUUCAAUGUCAUCAAACUACAGUAACAUAAAUGCCUCUUUACAUGCGCGUGUGAAAGCAUUCCAAGAACAAAGAGGUCUACAUAGGUCUAGCAGUUUGGGGAAAGGAGAUUCGGAAGAGAACAUUGGAAACGUAGGUACAAGUAUAAAUCCUUCUCCUAGCCUCGGAUCUAUGAAAGACGAGCCAGUACCAGCGAUUCAAAAAAUUGUAAAUAAACCACUACCGCCAUUGCCGGGUCAGAAUAGUUCCUCGCUUACACCUUCCCAGGAAACAAUCAAUAUGAUUAGCAAUGCUUCUCAACAGGCACCAGAUGGUCCACUCAAUAAUAUUUCACCUGUUCCAGGAUUUAAGGAAGCUAUGGGGGGCAAUGUAAGAAGAAAUGACGGGCAAAAUCUUUAUGGUUCUACAAGUCCCGCAGUAACAGCCUCGGCUCCUAAUAUGCCUGCUUUUAAUCCAAAUAGAAAGGCACCAAGACCUCCCCAAAUUCCUCAUAAUACUGUGAUACCAGCAAAACCUAUGCAAAGUCUGAGUUCAAGAAGAGGUCUGAAAUUACCGCCCGGUGGAAUGAAACUGAAACUACCUUCAAAAGGUGACGCGCCAGCAUCUAUGCCAAGUACAGUUCCUGCAGCUUCAUCAGUGAAACCGGUUGUUCAUCAAGAAUUUGCCGCCACUCCAUCAAAUAAGAAUCACAUAAAGAAUAAUAACGGAAGCACUGAGGGUAAGAGGUCAAAUCCAGGUUCCUUAGUGAACGCAGUUCAAACUACAUCUAUUUCAUCAGCUAAUGAUCAGCAGGAUACGGAAGGAACUGAACCAAAAAGCAACUCUAAUGGUACUGGUCUGUUUGCAAACUUUUCGCGAUAUGUGGAUAUUAAGUCGGGCUCUUUAAAUUUUGCUGGUAAGCUUUCACUUUCCUCAAGAGGUAUUGAUUUUAGCAAUGGUUCUAGUUCAAGGAUAACACUUGAUGAGCUUCAAUUUAUAGAGGAACUGGGACAUGGUAAUUAUGGUACUGUGUCAAAAGUUUUACAUAAGCCAAAUAAUGUUUUGAUGGCAAUGAAAGAAGUUAGACUUGAAUUAGAUGAGUCUAAAUUUAGGCAAAUUUUAAUGGAAUUAGAAGUGCUUCAUAAAUGUAACUCACCAUUUAUCGUGGACUUCUAUGGUGCAUUUUUUAUAGAGGGUGCUGUUUAUAUGUGCAUGGAAUAUAUGGAUGGUGGAUCAUUAGAUAAAAUAUACGAUGAAAACCCCGAAAUGGGUGGUAUUGAUGAGCCACAACUUGCAUUUAUCACUAACGCUGUCAUUCAAGGUUUGAGGGAGCUAAAAGAGGUUCAUAACGUGAUACAUCGAGACGUAAAGCCAACCAACAUUCUGUGUUCUGCCAAGCAAGGAACUGUGAAAUUGUGUGAUUUUGGUGUUUCUGGUAAUCUGGUAGCUUCCUUAGCGAAGACAAAUAUAGGUUGUCAAUCAUAUAUGGCUCCUGAGAGAAUAAAAUCUCUGAACCCUGAUAGAGGAACAUAUACAGUGCAGUCAGACAUAUGGUCAUUGGGUCUAAGUAUACUAGAGAUGGCAUUAGGUAGAUAUCCUUAUCCUCCAGAAACAUUCGAUAAUAUAUUCUCGCAACUAAGUGCAAUCGUAGAUGGACCACCCCCUAAACUGCCAGCAGAUAAGUUCAGUGAUGAGGCCCAAGACUUCGUGUCGUUGUGUCUGCAAAAGAUCCCUGAUAGAAGACCCAAUUAUUCUAAUCUGUAUGAGCAUCCAUGGCUAGCAAAAUAUCGUAGCAUCGACGUCCAAAUGGGGCCAUACAUUACUAAAAGAUUAGAAAUCCGGAAAAGAAUACUAGCUGAAAAGGGUGAGGACGGUCUUCACAGGACAGUACCUGCAUUGCAUAAAGGUGGUUUGUAA